UGGCCAUUGACAUCGCAAGCAUCUUGCCAUGCCCUCGAAAACUGCCCAAGUGAGGCAUACUUCCAUAUAUACCCGGUUGUGCUGGGAGUGUAUAGCAAACGUGCGGAGUAUAGCAGCGGCGGGCCAUAUAUCGCACGGUCGCUUACCUCGAUAUGCUCUGAGGCUGUCAACAGGGCGAAGCCAUAGAAACCAUGUUCGAGCAUUUCAUCAUGGCGGAGUGAGAAGACAGGAGCUCGAAACAGCCAAAGAUUCCAAUCCAGCCAGUGGCGUACCUACCGAUGUCGUACUCCCGAUUAGACAACGAUUAGCAAGAUGGCAAGAGGAGAACGGGAACCCCAUGAGCGAUCUGCUUGGACUCGACAAAGCUUUUGGCGUAAGGAACGUGGUCGCAGAUACAUACGGCGAACCCAAAGAAGGGAUGUCGGCAGAUUCAGACAGGGACAAUGACGCUGAAGAUCUACCACCGUCGCUAUACGAUCAAGCAAUAUCUGAGUAUGGCGGUAUGUUUUUACAGAUGGGAGACUUGGUCGAGAUCGAGUCAAGCCGUGCCCAUGCCCCACCAACAAUUUGUGUUUUCGUUCGCAGGCUGUCUUCACAACAGAUCCAACUCAUCACAAUGCGCGGGAAGUGGUUGGCUGUGGUAGAGUCGAGUAUCCGAUUUUCUGUACCCGGAUUCCUCGACAAGAAGCUCGUUGAGCCAAUCGUGCCUUACUUGCCGGACGCCGAGGUCAUAGAAGAAGUGCUUGGGCAAACCCAUAUUCUCGAUCCAAGCGUGCCGAGAACCAUCACAGCACCUGUGGUCACAGCGUUGAACGACUUUAGUAGACAGAGUGAGGAGGUGUACCGGAAGCACGCUUCUGUGUUGGACAAUGCGCACGAUUUGCUUGCUCAUCCUACCGAUCUUCGUUUCGGCACUCUGGACCGUGUCACAGACCGAUUGAUCGGCAAAGACUCCAGCGCACCUCGAAUGCCGGCGAUGUAUGCUGUCCGAAAGGCACUGCUUACGGCGAGAUUGGCUUUUGGCAUUGAUCGUAGAAGCCACAGAACCACGGGCGUUUUUCAGAUACGAUCAAAAAAGCAGCUGAAGUACGUGGCCAAGGCUGUGCAAUGGCUUAGAGAAUAUCAGGAGUGGGAGAUCAGCAGAAUUAUGAAUGAGACGUCUGAGAAGACAAGACUCGGUCAUGCAAAGCUCACAAUUGGCGUCAGAAUCGUCCAAGGCUUCGUUCGCAAGGCCAGAGAGGCGAUCAUCGAGUCUCGUAAGCAUAGGUCGGCCAAAUAUGUCGAUUAUGGUGCUGUCGGCCCCUCUAGCGAACGAUUUCCUAUCAAUUCCCCAGAGGGUACUAUCCGUUUCAAACCCACAGUCAAAUUUACCGAGAGCGAGCGUGUACUCAUUCGCGUGCUAGAAUACGCUAGCGUUCAAUGCAUCAUUGAACAUGAUGAGCCUUUGAAUUCACUGAUACCACUCAUUCUUCGAGGCACUGGCAUGUACAGCGAGCCCCCGUAUGAUGUGGAGCUUGGAAAACGAGCCAUAUAUUCAUUUCUCCUCGAGAUCGGUGUCUUCGCUCCCUAUGAUGAUCUCACUCUUUACGACGUAAACCUCUUACUCCCAAACUCGCAGCACUCGAAACCACUUCAGCAGCUUGCUUCGACGCUGAGCCAGAUGAAGGCAAGCAACGUGGAUUUGCAGGACAGCUUCGCAGAUCUCCGUAAAGAUCUGAAUGGCACGGUCGCAUUUGCCAUUGACGAUGCAGGAGCUCAUGAAAUUGACGACGCGAUCUCUGUCUCCAGGAUCACGGGUACGGACUCCAGAGUAUGGAUACAUGUCCAUGUUGCCAACCCUACGGCAUUCAUAUCUAGAGACAGUACUUUCGCUCGGAUGGCUGCCCACCUAACCGAAACAUUUUAUUCGCCAGAGCGCACUAUUCCCUUGUUGCCAUCAUGGCUGACAGAUGACAUGUUCAGCUUGACGUCGGGUCGACCUUGUCUAACGGUGAGCACUCUUGUGGAUGAACAUGGCAAUGUCUUGGAUGUGAAGAUCGAGCACGGAAAAUUAGGCAAGGUGGUCCACUUGGAUUACAAACAACUACCAGCGAUACUUGAUCUCGAGGUCAAUGAGACGAAAGAAAUGGAGCCUCUGGUGAUUGGCGGAGACCUGCCAGCCUCCUGUCAACGUCAUGCACCCGAAAUUCCUCUCGAGCAUAAAGAUGAUUUGAAGCUGAUUUACAAAAUCGCACAAGCGCGCUUUGCACUUCGACAACAAAAUGGCGGCUUCAACUAUGCGUUCAGUCAACCUUCGAUAUCCGUUCACUCCCGCGCAAAUAAGCCAGGACUACCAGACACAUACCCACACCGAGCUAUAGGUAUCCGAACAGAGGGUGAUCCUAUUAUAGCCAUAUAUCCCCGCAAGUUUCGUAAUCCAUUCAGCGACAUGAGCUGCGGCUCCGACAUCCUCGUGACGGAGAUGAUGCUGCUCGCAGGCGAGUCUUUUGCCAAGUGGUGUGAGCAGCGAGGCAUUCCGAUCAUGUAUAGAACUAUGCAGAGCGAACCGGGAGGUCCAUCGUACCAUGAAGCAUAUGCCGCGACAAUCUUGCCCUCAAUUGAGCAGCACGGCCACAUAACUAUCGGGGCAGGUUUCCGAUUCUUACAGCAGGCUGGGAAGGGCAUGAUGAUGACUACGGUUAGUCCACAUCCAAACCUUGGAUUGGACGCGUACGUCAAAGCUACCAGUCCCCUCCGACGUUAUGGGGACAUGGUUGUCCAUUGGCAGGUCGAAGCUGCGCUCCGCGAGGAGGCUCUUUCUGGGCAUUCCAGCCUCAUAAAUUCGAAACGGGAGGACUACCUCCCCUACUCACGUUCGCAAAUAGAAAAAAUCAUCGAGCGUCUCCAUCCUCGCGAGCGUCUCAUCGCCACCUCGAAGCAACGCUCCGUUCGCCACUGGAUUUCGCACUGGUUCUUCCGUGCCCACUACUUCAACGAGUACCCUUUGCCUAAGACGAUCCAGGUUGUGGUAUUACGACAGGCACAAUCUCUCACUACAACGAAGCAGGCCAACAAUUUAGCGGCUUGGAUUGAAACGGGUGUGAACAUGAAGAUCAGACCACAGGACGCUGACGGAAAUCUGCUUCAGUUUGGCGAUAUCUGGGAGGCAGAAAUUGACGCGGUGGUGCCUUACUAUCCUGAUACUAUUUUGAGGCCACUGCGUCUUCUAUACAGAGAGGAAUAAGGUAGCAUUGGCAAGUCGUAUUAAUACCAAGAAACAGAAAGCACAACGAUUAAUUUUGAUUCAGUUGAGCUGGAUAGUCGGCUUUUCGCCUCUCAACCAUCGAGCAAGAUUCUCGGCACUUUCUUUAUAGAAGCCUUUAAUAGUCUCAGUCUCUCCGUACCCCAUGUGAGGCGUCAGCAGCAGCUCGGCUCGUCCAUCCUCUCCCCAUCGCGUGGUCCUCCACCUACUAUCUAGAGGUAGAGGCUCCAUAUCAAACACAUCUAGCGCUGCUCCUGCGAUCUUCCCUUGCACCAAAAUAUCAUACAGUGCGUCGUUGUCGACAAGCGGCCCUCGUGACGUAUUUACCAGCAACCCUUCCGGCUUCAUCAGCUCCAACUCCUUCUUGCCCACAAUGCCCCUGGAGCGAUCAGAGAGCACGUAGUGCACGCUCAGGACAUCUGCUUGCUUGAAUAACUCUUCCUUCGACACGACUUCGAAUUCCCCAGGUUCCAGCCCUACACUCCUUGCUUGUUCAUCGGCCUUCUCCUGCGUUAAGCUGCUUGACCAGCAAAUCACACGCAUGCCAAAGCCCAUCACAGCGAUACGGCCUACUGCUGUGCCCAACCUGCCGAGCCCACACAGAGCCAACGUUUUUCCCGGCAGAGCGACGGCCAGCGUAUUGCCUUGCCAGCCUCCUUGUUUUACAUUCCUGUCGUCUCUCGCAAUGUGUCUGGACAGGCCCAAAAUCAUGGCCCAGCAAUGGGUGGUGGUGCUGUCGGGUCUGAUGCGAUUGAACUUUGAGGGCGGAAUGCUGUGCUUCGCGUCCGUGCCCGCAACGACAAUUCCCAUCUCUGAAGCUGCGGCUAAAUCGAUGGCGAGAUUGCGCUUGCCCGUGGUUAGAAGCAGUUUGAGAUUUGGAAGCGCUUUGAGGAUCGAAGCCGGAAAAGGCGUGCGUUCGCGCAUCGAGGAUAUGACUGGGAAGGGCUUGAGAAGCUCUACGAGCGCGGCAUGGUCGCUUUCACUGUGCUUGGGAUGGAGAGUAUUGGGGAAAUAGGUGAACUCGAGCCUGUCGGGCGCGACGGCGGAGAAGUAUGACUUGGAGAGGUUCUGAUAAUCGUCAAGGACUGCAACCUUGAUCUUCGAAUCGGUCGUCAUUCUGAAGUGAGGCAAAAUUCCAAAGUAUUUGAGGUGCGAACAGGGUUUUACAGAACCUGCACUCUUAAAAUAGUUCAUCAGCAUGCUCGCUCAGCCGUGUCCAGCGAUGAUGAGGAGAGCGGUUUCGGCAUCGUCCUUCGGCACGCCAUCUUCCGGGUGAAUGUUUAAGCGUGCUGAAGGCGAACCAUGGGAUUUGGGACUACUCUUCGAUUCUGAGACUGUGCGGGAGCAGCAGCUAUCUCUGCGAUCUUCCAUCUUUAGCGGUGUUGUUGCAGGUGGUCGAUUUUCUGCAUUUCUGCCACGAAUCCGGAGAUUAUGGAGUUAAGAUGCUCUGACGCAAAUAUCGUGCAGAUUGAUGAAGGCUCGCCUCUGAUCUUUCACUACCCGUUUCAGAUCCAAUCAUAGGCGCAUAUACUAAAUCACAGCCCUCAACCAUUGCUAGAAUUGUGCCGUAGGUUAGAUGACAAUAAUGUGGCGACACUAUUCUGCACAAGCAAAAGAACAGGCUUGAAUUUCGAAGCGGGGAUUUUGAAGGAGAUGAGACCGUAGCGACGUUCAGCCAUGGGAAACAUCACGGAUACAGACCGAAUGUAAUCG